AUGCCCUCUGUGAUAGGCAUCAUUAGGUUUCAGAUUAAUAAAGGGGGAAAGAAGCAAAAGGUCGCGCUGGUUGGCAGAUCGAGUAAGUCUCGAUUAGUUAAAUUUAAUGGAAACAACAUCCCAAAAAUUUGUAUCGAUGAUCCGCUUAUCUCGUCCCUACAUGCACUGAUCUCGGCUAAAUUACAAACGAGGAAGACAAAUAUUACUCAACUAGAUAUAAUUAUAAAGACUAUUAGUCAUUCAGCCAUACUUGUUGAUACAAUAAGCCACAGAAUUGUGCCUAAGCUAGUCAUACGGGAUGGGGAAAGAUUUGGAUUGAUUCCAGGACCAGCAAGCAAUAAUCAAAUAGAACCCAAAUAUAUGGUACAGAUCCAUAUCAUUCUUGUGGAUAAUGAAUAUGGCAUAUAUGAACUGCAAUUGUUUGAUGUUUCAUCAGGUAUAUUCUCGCCGAUUCAGUUGGGUAUUGCUGCAAUUAAAGGUCUGGAACACCAUUAUGAUUCAUCACCUAAUGCAUACUUAUAUCAAAAACAAACUGCUAGACUUGCAACUAAGAAGAUGACCAAGCAUGUACAGAAACGAAUAAUCAAACUACGACAUCAAAAAAAUAGGAAUUUACUGAAUAAACAAAUGAAGCAUAUGUUUGUCGGUACUUUGGUCGGAACAAUACUGGGUUCAUGUGGAGUCCUGGGAUUAAUUGCUUAUUUUGGGGAUGAGAUUGAGUCAUUUCUAUAA